UCUGCAAGGCAGCUGAUGACGCGGGGGUGCGUGUGUGUGCGUGUGUGCGUGUGUGCGUGUGUGCGUGUGUGUGUGUGUGUGUGUGUGGUCUCAUUUCAGCAACAGCCAACGCAGUUCGUCAACCCAGAAACUCCUGGCUAUGUCGGGUUUGCAAACCUCCCCAAUCAAGUUCACCGGAAGUCCGUGAAGAAAGGUUUUGAGUUCACGCUCAUGGUGGUCGGUGAAUCGGGGCUGGGGAAGUCGACUCUCAUCAACAGCCUGUUCCUGACCGACCUGUACCCCGAGAGGGUCGUUCCCGGAGCUGCAGAGAAAAUCGAAAGAACUGUGCAGAUCGAGGCCUCGACCGUUGAGAUUGAGGAGAGAGGGGUGAAGCUGCGUCUGACAGUGGUGGACACGCCUGGCUACGGGGACGCCAUUAACUGCAGGGACUGCUUCAAGACCAUCAUCUCCUACAUCGACGAGCAGUUUGAGCGCUACCUGCACGACGAGAGCGGGCUGAACCGGCGGCACAUCGUGGACAACCGCGUGCACUGCUGCUUCUACUUCAUCUCGCCCUUCGGCCACGGGCUGAAGCCCCUGGACGUGGCGUUCAUGAAGGCCAUCCACAACAAGGUGAACAUCGUGCCCGUCAUCGCCAAGGCCGACACGCUCACCCUGAAGGAGCGAGAGCGCCUCAAGAAGCGGAUCUUGGAUGAGAUCGAGGAACACAGCAUCAAAAUCUAUCACCUGCCGGACGCCGAGUCGGACGAAGACGAGGAUUUCAAAGAGCAGACCAGGCUGCUCAAGGCGAGCAUCCCCUUCUCCGUGGUCGGCUCCAACCAGCUGAUCGAGGCCAAGGGCAAGAAGGUGCGGGGCCGCCUGUACCCGUGGGGCGUCGUGGAGGUGGAGAACCCGGAGCACAACGACUUCCUGAAGCUGCGCACCAUGCUCAUCACGCACAUGCAGGACCUGCAGGAGGUGACCCAGGACCUGCACUACGAGAACUUCCGCUCCGAGAGGCUCAAGAGAGGCGGCAGGAAAGUGGAGAGUGAGGACAUGAACAAAGACCAGAUCCUGCUUGAGAAGGAGGCUGAGCUCCGCCGCAUGCAGGAGAUGAUCGCCAGGAUGCAGGCCCAGAUGCAGCUGCAGAUGCAGGGCGGCGAGGGCGACGGUGGCGUGCAUGGCCACCACGUGUGAGAAAGUACUUUCCGAGACGAAGAAGCCUCUGGCUGGGAGCCCCUGCAUGUCUCCCCCUCGCCAGAGGGCCCUGCCACAUUUCAACUUCAGUGCCUGAGAAUUUGAUUUUUCUUAAUCUUUUGAUGUUACUUUGUACGAAGCAUCCUUAACAUUUGUAUCUCACCG